AUUACAAAAUCAAUCAAAAUUAUGCCUUAUUAUUAUAAAACAAUGAUGUUUAAUAUUCAUUAUAAUUGUUUAGUUUUGUUUGCAAUGAUUAUGAUUGUAAUCGGACAAUCAUCAUAUUUAUCAAUGGCUCGAACUAAUAGUUUUUCAUAUAACAACAAAAACAACAACAACAACAAAUCCAAUAGAAAACAAUCAUCCAAUAUAUCGGCUAUGCAUUUUCUUGAAAAUUAUGGCUAUCUACCCGAAAUGAAUGAUAAUGAAUUAAAUCUAUUGGAUCAUAGAGAAAUUGAACGUGCUAUAAAAUUAAUGCAAAAAUAUGCCCAUUUACCACAAACCGGUAGAAUGGAUCAACGUACUAUGGAUAUUAUGAAAUCACCACGUUGUGGUGUACCAGAUGUUAAAUCAUCAACAACAAAAUAUCGUCGAUCAAUAACCAAACGUUUUGCUGUUUAUGGUAGUAAAUGGGAUAAAAGUCCAAUUACAUGGAAUUUAAUAAAUCCAUCGAAAAAAGUUUCAACAAGAGAAGCACGUUCCAUAUUUAGUCGUGCAUGGAAUAUUUGGUCACGUGCAUCGGAUCGAUUAGAAUUUAUUGAAACAUCAGAUCCAAAUGCUGAUAUUUUAAUUGGUUUCUAUACGGGUGAACAUGGUGAUGGACAACGAAGAAAAUUUGAUGGACCUGGUUCUAAACUUGCUCAUGCAUAUGCACCACCAAAAGGUGAUGUUCAUUUUGAUGAUGAAGAAAAUUGGCAAGAUAAAGAUGGUCCAAGUUUAUUUUGGACAGCAUUACAUGAAUUUGGUCAUUCAUUAGGAUUUGCACAUACAGCCGAUGAAGGUUCAAUAAUGUUUCCAUAUUAUCGUGAUUAUGGUUCGAAUUUUUCAUUACCUGAAAUAGAUAAAGCUGGUGUACAAUAUCUUUAUGGUGAUCUUGGUGUUACCAACGAUCGUCGUAAAACAACCACAACAACAACAACAGAAAGUUAUGAUCGUCAUCGACCAGCGGAAAUUAGUGGAAACAGAAAGACAUCGACAAUAGAAAAUACAAAUGAAAUGAUAAUGUGCAAUACAAAUAUUGAUGCUAUUGCAUCGAUUAGAAAUGAAAUAUUUGUUUUUAAAAAUCAGUCAUUUUGGUGGGUUAAAAAUGAUCUUUCGUUAAUUCGUAAUGAACCAAUACCAAUAUCACAAUAUUUUAUUGGAUUUCCAACCGAUAUUAAUCAAGUGGAUGCUGUUUAUGAACGACGUAGUGAUCAAUUAAUUAUGUUUUUUGUUGGUAGAUAUUAUUAUCUAUUCAAUUCAAAUCGUUAUCAUGCUGGACCAAUACCAUUAACCGAUUUAGGUUUAUCAAGAAAAAUCGAACGAAUUGAUACUAUAAUUAAUUGGGCUGUAAAUGGUAAAGCAUAUAUUUUUACUGGUUCAGUUUAUUGGCGAUUAGAUUCACAGGAAAAACAUGUUGAAAUGGAUUAUCCACGUGAUAUAAGCGUUUGGCAAGGUAUACCAACACAUUUGGAUGCUGCAUUUACAUGGAAAUUUGAUAGUGUAACAUAUUUUUUUAAAGGACAAUCAUAUUGGAAAUUUAAUAAUGUAGAAAUGCAUGUACAAAAUCCUAACCCAGGUAAAAUUCGUGAUUUUCUAUUUCGUUCGAUUGAUUGUCGUGGUAAUCAACAACAACAACAUCAUGAACUUAAACGAAUAGGUCGUUAUGAUUCAUUAAUAACAAGUUCAAGUUGUUUACCUGUUUUAAAUUCAAUGAUGAUGAUGAUUACCUUUUUGUUGUUUUCGAAAAACAUUAUUGUUUUAAUUUGAUUAAAAUUUUUUUAAAUUAAUUUCCA